UUUCUUCGUGUAUGAUCGGUAAGGAUUUCGUUUCCGUAUACAUAUUGCGGGGGGGCAGGAAUGGGCGGUGCAGGGCGGUGUCAAUUUGAUUUUAUGUUGUGGAUGUAGAAAUAAUUAACUUGUAUUUUUUAUUUUAUUGUCAAAAUAGAUUAUAAUGGACAGUCAAGGAAGAAAAGUUAUAGUUUGUGAUAACGGUACUGGAUUUGUCAAAUGUGGCUAUGCUGGAUCCAACUUCCCUGCUCACAUAUUCCCAUCCAUGGUUGGACGGCCGAUAAUCCGAGCUGUGAACAAAAUAGGCGACAUUGAAGUAAAGGACUUGAUGGUCGGUGAUGAAGCUAGCAAGCUUAGAUCCAUGUUGGAAGUCAACUAUCCAAUGGAAAAUGGGAUUGUUAGGAACUGGGAAGACAUGUGCCAUGUCUGGGACUAUACGUUUGGUCCAGAGAAAAUGAACAUCAACCCAAAAGAAUGCAAAAUUUUGCUGACAGAACCUCCGAUGAAUCCAACGAAAAACAGAGAGAAAAUGAUAGAGGUGAUGUUUGAGAAGUACCAGUUCGCGGGCGCCUACAUCGCGAUCCAGGCGGUGCUUACGCUGUACGCCCAGGGGCUGCUGAGCGGCGUGGUGGUGGACUCUGGGGACGGCGUCACGCACAUCUGCCCCGUGUACGAGGAGUUCGCGCUGCCCCACCUCACCAGGCGGCUGGACAUCGCCGGCCGCGACAUCACGCGCUACCUCAUCAAGCUGUUGCUGUUGCGAGGUUAUGCGUUCAACCACUCGGCCGACUUUGAGACGGUGAGGAUCAUGAAGGAGAAACUGUGCUACAUCGGUUACAACAUCGAAACGGAGCAGAAGUUGGCACUAGAAACCACCGUUCUUGUCGAACCGUACACGUUACCCGACGGACGCAUCAUCAAAGUUGGAGGGGAGCGGUUCGAGGCGCCAGAAGCUCUGUUUCAACCUCAUCUCAUUAACGUGGAAGGCCAAGGCAUAGCGGAGCUGGUGUUCAGCACGAUCCAGGCGGCAGACAUCGACAUGCGGUCGGAGCUGUACAAGCACAUCGUGCUGUCGGGGGGCUCCACCAUGUACCCGGGACUGCCGAGCCGGCUUGAGCGCGAGAUUAAGCAGCUCUACCUGGAACGCGUGCUGAAGAAUGACAUCGACAAGCUGUCCAAGUUCAAGAUUCGGAUUGAGGAUCCCCCGAGACGGAAGGACAUGGUGUUCAUCGGGGGGGCAGUGCUGGCGGAGGUCAUGAAGGAUCGGGACACCUUCUGGAUGACCAACGAAGAGUACCAGGAAAAAGGCGUUGGUGUGCUCAAGAAGCUGGGAGCGAGAGCGAGUUAAAACACUCGUCUGCCGUGGACUACUUAAAUAAUUUAAUCUUCGCAUGUACACAGUAUUUUGGUUUUGGAACGGGAGGAUACUUCACUCCAGAAGGCUGGUUUACUUUGAGGAGUUCGCUACAUGGUGAAGCUUGUAAAGACAUUUUAUUAAAGGUGUACCGAGAAAAUGUUUAUUAUAAUUGCAUUUAUUUCUUUUUUAAGUAUUAUUGUGUCAUAACAAGACAGUCUGCCAGCUGCUCCCUUAUUAAUUAUUACUUAAGGGGAUGUAUAGCACGAAAUGAUGUCAUCUUGAUUUCUACAGUUACUAGCUUAAAACAAUUUUGUAUCGUUAAUAAUUAUUGAAAUAUGCCUUUUUUUUUAAGGCAGAGAGUAGUGUAGUGAUGUACCAAUAAUCGUUUGUGUCUGUAUUUGCCAAAAUUAAAAUUUUCCUCUGAAUUUCCAAA